AUGAGGAGCCAGUCCCACGUAUUCUCUGCCUUCGUGGUGUACUUGCUUUUCUUAUUACUAUCUCAGUCGGUGAAAGGAUACUCAAUCCGCUCCGUCGCACCACGGAGCAACGGCACAGCGCUGCAGAAUGUUGCGAUCUAUACCCCCGGUCAGCGAGUUAGCGCCACCGCGCCAUUUAACCUGACCUUCACACUAGAGGAAGAAGAAGAUCGGACGAUCAAGCUGGCCCUUGAGCCGAACCAUGACCUUAUGAUCCAGGACCCUCAUAUCAACUUCCUUGGCGAUGGAGAAGUAAGGACAGAGUUUCUGCGACGAGAUAACCAUAAAGUGUUCAAGGGCGUGGCUCACGUUCAAUCGCUCGCAUACCGAUGGGAAAAGGUCGGAUGGGCUCGCAUGAGCGUCGUUCGCGAUGGUCUGGAUCCGCUAUUCACAGGCGCAUUCAGUAUCGAGGGCACACAGUACGAUAUCAAACUCCGGCCCGGCUCAUCAAACCAAGCCCGAAGAGAAAUGCUCGUCUAUCGUAUCCACGACGAUUCCUCAUCACCCAACCCAGCGCUCUCCACCCUGAUAUCCCUUCAACCCCGGCAAUGGACCCCAACCCUCGACUCCUCCGACUUCAUCUCCACCAUCGGAGACGACUCCGGCUGCCCCAGCGACCGACAAAUCGCCCUCGUCGGCAUCGCAACAGACUGCACGUUUACUGCCUCCUUUGACUCCUCCGAAGACCUGACCUCCGCUCUAAUCGACAUGGUCAACACCGCCUCCCAAGUGUUUGAGAGUUCCUUCAAUAUCGCCCUAUCCUUCCACAACCUCUCCAUCUCGGACUCCGCAUGCCCUUCCACCGCAUCCAGCUCAGAACCCUGGAAUACGCCUUGCAGUUCAGGAGACCUAAACUCCCGCUUGAAUGCGUUCUCGUCCUGGCGCUCGAAUCUCCGCGGCGACGAUAAUGCAUAUUGGACACUUAUGACCGGGUGUCCCACCGGCUCCGAAGUCGGCGUUUCAUGGGUGGGCGAACUCUGCGGCGAGAUGGGCGUGAAUGUUGUCGCGAGCGCAGGCAACCAAUGGCAGGUCUUCGCGCACGAAAGCGGACAUACGUUCGGCGCGUACCAUGACUGUGAAUCGACGCAGUGUUCCCUUUCCAGUUCGUCCCGGCAAUGCUGUCCGCUCUCGGCGAAUACCUGCUCUGCUGGCGCGGCGUACCUUAUGAACCCCGUUUCCUCGAGCCCGCAGACGGAGUUCAGUCCGUGUACGGUUGGGAAUGUAUGCUCUUCUCUUGGCCGGGGACGCGUUGAUAGUCGGUGUCUGACGACGAAUACGGAUACACCCACUGUGUCUGUGGGAGAAUGCGGGAAUGGGAUUGUGGAAGUCGGCGAGGAGUGCGAUUGCGGUGGGGAUUGCGAUGGAAACGCUUGCUGUGAUGGGGCUACGUGUCGGUUCCGAGGGGAUGCUGUUUGCGACUCGUCCUCUGGAAAUGAAGAUGGCGAUGGGUCCUGCUGUCGCGACUGCCAGUUUCUCUCACGCGGGACGGUCUGUCGCGCUUCACGUGGUGAGUGUGAUAUCGAGGAAGUCUGUCCCGGCGACUCGGGUGAUUGUCCGAAUGAUGAAACCGAAGAUGACGGGAGUUCGUGCGGCGACGAUUCCGAAGACCUCUUCUGCGCCAGCGGGCAAUGCACGAAUCGUGAUCUGCAGUGUCGGGAGCAGAUAUCCGGCGACAACUCCACCAUUUCGUCCUGCGGGAACAGCACGGAGAGCUGUAUCCUCUCCUGCAGCGGCCCGUUCUCCUCCGGAUCGUGCUCCAAUGCAGGGACCGUCCUUGAUGGCACGCCCUGCUCCAACGGCCUCUGUUCAUCUGGUGUAUGUCGGUCCGCGACUAGAGACAACCCCAGCAAUGAAUCCUGGAUCGAUCGGCAUCGAGCCCUCGUUAUCGGCCUGUCGGCAGGAAUCGGCGGACUUCUGGUUCUGGUUAUCCUGGCCUGUCUGGUUUGCUGUUGUUGUCGGAAGCGUAGGCCGAAGAGGAUGCGGCCAGUGCCCGUGGCGGGUGCCUUGGCUGAGCGGAGGGCUGGGGUCUUGAUGCGUGGGAAUAGGGGCUUUGUCCCGGGUCCCGGGGCACAGGUUGCGGGCGUGUAUAUGCCGCCGCCGGCGUAUACGCCUGCGCCGGUAGGGCCCGGUGUGCGGCCGACGGCCCCGACAUCUUUUCGGUAUGCGUGA